GAGCUGGGGGAGGAUCUCCAUUGAAAUAAACAACCAGGCAGCAGUUAUUAACACGGGAACAUGGCGGCCGCAGCCUGGGCUCCCGCGGCGGCGGCGGAGGUCAGCGCCGACAGCAGCCCGCACCUGACGGCGUGACGGCCACAUUGAUUUUUCUUGCAUCUGGCUUCAGUUUAUUGGAUCUUCUGCACUGUGUACAGGCACAGUUGCUGAUAUGUGUUCAAGAUGAGUGGGAUGGGAGAAAAUACCUCUGACCCGUCCAGGGCAGAGACCAGAAAACGCAAGGAAUGUCCUGACCAGCUCGGGCCCAGCCCCAAAAGGAGCACCGAGAAACGCAAUCGAGAGCAGGAAAAUAAGUACAUAGAGGAACUUGCAGAGCUGAUCUUUGCAAAUUUUAAUGAUAUCGACAACUUCAACUUCAAACCUGACAAAUGUGCAAUUUUAAAAGAAACUGUGAAGCAGAUCCGCCAGAUCAAAGAGCAAGAGAAAGCAGCAGCUGCCAACAUAGAUGAAGUGCAGAAGUCAGAUGUGUCAUCCACGGGGCAGGGUGUCAUCGACAAGGACGCACUGGGGCCUAUGAUGCUUGAGGCCCUUGAUGGGUUCUUCUUCGUUGUGAACCUAGAAGGUAAUGUGGUGUUUGUGUCAGAGAAUGUGACACAGUAUCUACGGUAUAACCAGGAAGAACUGAUGAACAAGAGCGUCUAUAGCAUCCUGCAUGUUGGAGACCACACUGAAUUUGUCAAGAACCUGCUGCCAAAGUCCAUGGUGAAUGGGGCAUCUUGGUCUGGAGAACCUCCCAGGCGGAACAGCCAUACCUUCAACUGUCGGAUGCUGGUGAAGCCUUUGCCAGAUUCAGAAGAGGAAGGCCAUGAUAACCAGGAAGCACAUCAGAAAUAUGAGACGAUGCAGUGCUUCGCUGUGUCUCAGCCAAAGUCUAUCAAAGAGGAAGGCGAAGAUUUGCAGUCCUGCUUGAUUUGUGUGGCACGAAGAGUCCCCAUGAAGGAAAGACCAGCCCUUCCCUCAUCAGAAAGCUUUACCACCCGCCAGGACCUCCAAGGCAAGAUCACUUCUCUGGACACUAGCACCAUGAGAGCCGCCAUGAAGCCAGGCUGGGAGGAUCUGGUGAGAAGAUGUAUUCAGAAAUUCCAUACACAGCAUGAAGGGGAGUCUCUGUCAUACGCCAAGAGGCAUCAUCAUGAAGUUCUGAGACAAGGGUUGGCGUUCAGUCAGAUCUAUCGUUUUUCUUUGUCUGACGGCACUCUCGUUGCUGCACAAACCAAGAGCAAACUCAUCCGUUCUCAGACUACUAAUGAGCCUCAGCUUGUCAUAUCUUUACACAUGCUUCACAGAGAGCAGAAUGUGUGUGUAAUGAAUCCGGAUCUGACUGGACAAGCGAUGGGGAAGCCAUUGAAUCCAAUUAGCUCUAGCAGUCCUGCCCAUCAGGCCAUGUGCAGUGGGAACCCAGGUCAGGACAUGACCCUCGGUAGCAAUAUAAAUUUUCCUAUGAAUGGCCCAAAGGAACAAAUGGGCAUGCCUAUGGGCAGGUUUGGUGGUUCUGGGGGCAUGAACCAUGUAUCAGGCAUGCAAGCAACCACUCCUCAGGGUAGUAACUAUGCACUCAAAAUGAACAGUCCCUCACAAAGCAGCCCUGGCAUGAACCCAGGGCAACCCAGCUCUGUGCUCUCCCCAAGGCAUCGCCUGAGCCCUGGUGUGGCUGGCAGUCCUCGAAUCCCACCCAGUCAGUUUUCCCCUGCAGGAAGCUUGCAUUCCCCUGUGGGAGUUUGCAGCAGCACAGGAAAUAGCCAUAGUUAUACCAACAGUUCCCUCAAUGCACUGCAAGCCCUCAGCGAGGGCCAUGGGGUCUCACUAGGGUCAUCGUUGGCUUCACCGGACCUAAAAAUGGGCAAUUUGCAAAACUCCCCAGUUAAUAUGAAUCCUCCCCCACUCAGCAAGAUGGGAAGUUUGGACUCCAAAGACUGUUUUGGACUUUAUGGGGAGCCAUCAGAAGGUACAACUGGACAAGCAGAGGCCAGCUGCCAUCCUGAAGAACAAAAAGGGCCCAACGAUUCGAGCAUGCCCCAGGCAGCCAGCGGGGACAGGGCUGAGGGACACAGCCGGCUGCAUGACAGCAAAGGGCAGACCAAACUCCUACAGCUGCUGACCACCAAGUCUGACCAGAUGGAGCCUUCCCCCUUGCCCAGCUCUUUGUCGGACACAAACAAGGACUCUACAGGUAGCUUGCCUGGACCUGGCUCCACGCAUGGCACCUCGCUCAAGGAGAAGCAUAAGAUUUUGCACAGACUCUUACAGGACAGCAGUUCCCCUGUAGACUUGGCCAAGCUGACAGCAGAAGCCACAGGGAAAGAGCUGAACCAGGAGUCCAGCAGCACAGCUCCUGGGUCAGAAGUGACUGUCAAACAGGAGCCAGCGAGCCCCAAGAAGAAAGAGAAUGCACUACUGCGAUAUUUGCUCGACAAAGAUGAUACUAAAGAUAUUGGUUUACAGGAAAUAACCCCCAAACUCGAGCGACUGGACAGUAAGACAGAUCCUGCCAGUAACACAAAACUAAUCGCUAUGAAAACUGUGAAGGAGGAGGUGAGCUUUGAGCCCAGUGACCAGCCUGGCAGCGAGCUGGACAACUUGGAAGAGAUUUUGGAUGAUUUGCAGAACAGUCAGUUACCACAGCUUUUCCCAGACACAAGGCCAGGAGCUCCUCCUGGGUCAGUUGACAAGCAAGCCAUCAUCAAUGAUCUCAUGCAGCUCACAGCGGACAGCAGUCCUGUCACACCAGUCGGAGCCCAGAAAGCAGCACUGCGACUACCACAGAGCACUUUUAAUAACCCACGACCAGGGCAACUGGGCAGGUUAUUGCCAAACCAGAAUUUACCACUUGACAUCACAUUGCAAAGCCCAACUGGUGCUGGACCUUUCCCACCAAUCAGAAACAAUAGCCCCUACUCAGUGAUACCUCAGCCAGGAAUGAUGGGUAACCAAGGGAUGCUAGGAAGCCAAGGCAACUUAGGGAGCACUAGCACAGGAAUGAUUGGCGGCAGCACUUCCCGGCCCAACAUGCCUUCUGGGGAAUGGGCACCACAGAGUCCAGCUGUGAGAGUCACUUGUGCCGCUACCACUGGUGCCAUGAACCGGCCAAUCCAAGGAGGCAUGAUUCGGAACCCAACAGCCAGCAUCCCCAUGCGAGCCAACAGCCAGCCUGGCCAAAGACAGAUGCUUCAGUCUCAGGUCAUGAACAUAGGGCCCUCUGAGUUAGAGAUGAACAUGGGUGGACCUCAGUAUAAUCAACAGCAGGCCCCUCCAAACCAAACUGCCCCAUGGCCUGAGAGCAUCCUGCCUAUAGACCAGGCGUCUUUUGCCAGCCAGAACAGGCAGCCCUUCGGCAGCUCCCCUGAUGACCUGCUGUGUCCACAUCCUGCAGCAGAGUCACCAAGUGAUGAGGGCGCUCUUCUAGACCAGCUGUAUUUAGCCCUGCGAAACUUCGAUGGCCUCGAGGAGAUUGAUAGAGCUCUGGGGAUCCCAGAACUGGUCAGCCAGAGCCAAGCUGUAGAUCCAGAGCAGUUCUCAAGUCAAGAGUCUGGCAUAAUGCUGGAGCAGAAGGCUUCUGUUUUCCCACAGCAGUAUGCAUCUCAGGCACAAAUGGCCCAGGGUAGCUAUAAUCCCAUGCAAGAUCCAAACUUUCACACCAUGGGACAGCGGCCAAAUUACACCACACUCCGGAUGCAGCCCCGACCAGGUCUCAGGCCCACGGGCAUCGUGCAGAACCAGCCAAACCAACUGAGACUUCAGCUUCAGCAUCGCCUUCAAGCACAGCAGAAUCGCCAGCCACUUAUGAAUCAGAUCAGCAGUGUCUCCAAUGUGAACUUGACUCUGAGGCCUGGAGUACCAUCUCAGGCUCCUAUCAAUGCACAGAUGCUGGCUCAGAGGCAGAGAGAAAUCCUCAACCAGCAUCUUCGGCAGAGACAGAUGCAUCAGCAACAGCAGGUGCAGCAGCGAACUUUGAUGAUGAGAGGACAAGGGUUGACUAUGACCCCAAGCAUGGUGGCUCCCACUGGUCUCCCAGCAGCCAUGAGCAAUCCCCGGAUUCCCCAGGCCAAUGCCCAGCAGUUCCCAUUUCCUCCGAACUACGGAAUAAGUCAACAACCUGAUCCUGGUUUUACUGGGGCUACAACUCCCCAGAGUCCUCUAAUGUCUCCCCGGAUGGCACAUACCCAGAGUCCCAUGAUGCAGCAGUCUCAAGCCAACCCAGCCUACCAGCCCGCCUCAGACAUGAACGGAUGGGCACAGGGGAGCAUGGGUGGAAACAGCAUGUUUUCACAGCAGUCCCCACCACACUUUGGGCAACAAGCAAACACCAGCAUGUACAAUAACAACAUGAACAUCAAUGUGUCCAUGGCAACCAACACGGGUGGCUUGAGCAACAUGAACCAGAUGACAGGCCAGAUGAGCAUGACCUCAGUGACCUCCGUGCCUACAUCAGGGCUGUCCUCCAUGGGUCCCGAGCAGGUCAAUGACCCUGCUCUGAGGGGAGGCAGCCUUUUCUCAAACCAACUGCCUGGAAUGGACAUGAUCAAGCAGGAGGGAGAUGCAUCUCGGAAAUACUGCUGACCUCAGAAGCUGUCUGCGUCUUUCUUCAACCCACUGGGCUUACAGACAUUCACCAGUCUGGAGAGCUGCGUCUCUUUGUGCUGACCCACCUGACACCUGACGUACUACCAGUUCUCCCAGGACACAGCAGCAGACAGUAGGGCCCUGGCCCGCAGCAUAGAGUGCGCUGGCUUGGCUGCCACCAGAAGAGCUGCCUCUCCUGUAGCCUGCAGCCCGCCUCCAGACCAACCCGCAGUCUGUUCACUGCAUUCACCGUAGUGCAACUUAGAUCUCCUGCAAAGUAAAUGUCCACAGGCCGACUUCAUCCCCAUUCAGAUUGAAUGUAUUUAAAUGUGUGUAUCUGAGGAGAACCAUGCUCUUGUCCUGUUCCUGUUCGGCUCCAGACACUGGUUUCUUGCUUUGUUUUCCAUGGCUAUUCAGUAUAAAAGAUUACAGUCUUAUCUAGAGGAAAGAAAGGAAUUUUUAACACAGUCCAACACAAGGUGUUCAAAGCUUAAAGCCCACAUUUGGUUGGGAUGGAGACGGGACAGACUGUGGACAGUGCUGUGUGUGCUGACACACCUAGUCAGGGACAACCAACACCGGCAGAGUUCUAUCUCCAGGAAGCCGACAGCCAAGAUUGUUGGAAGGAGUGCCCAGUUGAACAGAUUAGAAGGCUCCUGAAAGAGGCUGUUAACAUUAACAAGUUUCUGUUCCCAUUUUUCUCUGUUAAAACCAAACUAAUUUCCCCUAAAUCAUGAAUUCAAAAGAAAUAUUUAUUUCUAAAUUGUUUUUAGAUCAAUGAGAUAGUUUGAUUGGCAUCUCCUCCCUUCCCCUCCCUGCCUUCUCUUGUCCCUCCCUCUUUUAUUCCUUUAAAAAUAAAAUCAUCAACAACAGCAUACACCAUAGAGACCAGGGAAGCCCUUUGUUUCUCUCAGUGUUGUGCCAGCCAACUCACAGCAGCUUCCCAGUGACCAUGCAUGUCCUGUCAGGGAGAGGAACAAAGUGAACAUGGAGUGCCAGCCAGGCUGUGACACCUGCUUAGGAAGCCUGAGCUGCCCCAUCAGCUCAGGUCUCCAAAAUGAAAGAACAUACUAAUGAAAUCAACGGCAGCCGUCACGACAGAUCUAACCUCUGCAUGUGGGUUUGUUGGGUUUUUUUGUUUGUUUGUUUUGUUUUUUAGCAGUGCUGAUAAGGCCGAAGUUUUUGUAAGGUACAUAAAAAUCCAAUUUAUAUGUAAACGAGCAAUAAUUUAAGUUCCAAACUUAAGUGUUUUAACUGUAUAAUUUUGUGAGGUAUACAUAUUGUGGGAUUGACUCAAAAAAUGAGGUACUUCAGUAUUAGAUAUCUUCAUAGCAAUGUCUCCUAACGGUGUUUUGUAAAGGCGGCCAAUGCCUUGGUUAGACCUGAUUUGUAGACUUAAGACCUUUUGUUUUCUAAGCCUUGAGAUUCUGCUCAUGAAUCAUGUAUCUAAUCUAUAUGAGAUGCAGCCGCUGUAGGAACCAAGUCUUGAUUUUAUAUGUUUAUAUUCUUUCUUAAUAAACCUUAGAAAGACUACAUUACUAAGCAGCCCACUUUGAUGGUUGUUUUUCUUGCCCACUGUCAGGGGUAACCUUUAUUAACUGGUGUCAGUUAAAGACAGCUGCAGUACCCAGAACUGAAACCUUUUCAAUCCUCCCCAACCCUGAGCCACACACUUUCUUACCUAAAUUUCAAAAUGAUGUCUUUUUGAUGUCUAAAAACAAAGCAUUUUGUAAUAUCUCAUCAUCCAAGCUUUCUAGGAACAGAGUUUUUCCUUGAAAUUUGUUUGUCUAUUCCUGGCAGGGUGAAAAACAUAUAAACUACCCUAUUUAUAUUUCUAUCUCCCUAUAUAUCUAUAGAUUAUGGAGAUAUAGAAAGAGACGUGACCCAAAGACAAAUGGUAAAUCAUCUGAAAGUGCUGCUCCAUGCUAAGGAACUUUCUGGAAAUUUGCAUUUCAAUACCUUUUUCCCCUUUGAGAGGAAUCUCAGUGCAGGGAGGUGGCCAAGGAACAACACUUCCCUACUGGCCACCAGUUCACGUGUCUGCUCGAGACUCCACUUUUCUCCAUCAAACCAUUGGCUUGCACAUCUGUGCUGCAAAGGGAGCCGAUGGAGGCCAGAACUCUAGGCCAGGAGUAAGGCUCAGGUGGUACACUACUGAGCUCGACCUGUCCUCAGAUAAGUCUUUUGAAAUGUGAGGUAGGUAAAAUAACGUUCAACUUCACACAGCACAAAAGAAAAUGGAAUUCAAAACAGAUUUGGUUUGUUUUGAAUUAAAUCCCAUCUCACUAUAACAUCAGCCACAGUAUCUUACCUUUCAGCGUUCAUCCAAUCCUCCACUGUUUUCUAAUGUUGACCCGGCAGUUAGAGUAGCCCAUGAUCGUGACAGAAAGAGUGUAAAUGCUCUCACAGGUCAGAGCAGCCACACACUGCGUUCCGUCUAAUCAGGAGGAUCAAGUCAGCGAAGGAGUCCAGACCAUGUUCUCACAGCCAAUGCCAGCCCAGUCUCCCGCCCCUGCCGUCAGUGUUCCUCAUGCCCUACACAACACAUUUGUACUUGGUUUUGUCUGACAGAAUAUAGAAUCAGUGUUUUCUUAGAUGACUCAAUGUGAAAAGCAUAAUGUGAAAAGUACACACACCUGACCUUGGUUGUAAAAUCCAUUUAAGUGUUCAUGUAACAUGCUGAGUUUGAGAAGUGAAGUGUGCUGUGUCACUACUACAACCUAUUCAUUCGACUCAGAAAUGAAAACAACACACACACACAUGUAUAUCUCUUACAACCUGUAAUGAUGGAAAGCAAUGGUUUUUUUGCAGUCUAAGAUGCAAUUUUAAAACUGUGUUUAUGGAGUUCGUAUGGGUGUGACACGUGAACUGAGAGGCGCAGACCCACUUGCAGAACCCAAAGAUACACAAUCAAUUUUUGAAAUGCAACUUAAGCCAUUAACUGUUGGUGUGAAUUUAAAAUUUUCUAGUUGUUUGUAUGGUAGUAUGCUGCCGAAGAGCAAAGCAUUCUCUGCACAAAAGAAAACACUGUAGUGGCUUCGAUUUUAAUUAGAACUUUCUCCCUGGUGUUUCUUUAUAGACUAAAACAAAAUCUUUUAAGUUUCUUACUACAGGUAAAAGCUAUGUGCAAGAACCUCAAAAUGCUAAAACCUAGCAUAAUGCCUUAGAUCUGUUUUUAAGUCUUGUAUAUUCCUACAUAGCUGUCCAAUGUAUUAUAUUUGUAUAGUGAAUUGUGUACAAUUUUUGAAUAAGUACAUCAUCGCUUACCCGUGUGUUAUUGAACAGUGAUGAUGACCCAUUUCUUCAAACAUUUAACUGUCUUUUUUUUUCCUUUGUCAUUUGUGGGUUUUAUUUGUACAGUUCCUCAUGAAGUUGCAUCUGAGAUAUGUGUAUAUGAAAAGAUUAUACAAGGGUAAAAUUAAGCAAUAUAUUAACUAUGGUUCUUCAGGAGAAAGCUUACAGUGUUUCAGGUUGUGAUUUAUUUUCCAAACAGAGUUGACUCUGAACAUCACUUUGUUCAUCUGCAUUGAUGUUUGUAUUUCUAGUGUGAGCAGUUUAUGCAAAGGUAGAUAUAUUCAGAGAAAUUUUAAAUACAUUUAUGCAAGUUACUAUUGCUUUGCUGAUGCUAUUUGCUUAUUUGAUGUUAAAUAAUGCUAUUGUAAAUAAAGAAUCUGUUGUUACUGCAUCAUUUAAUAAAUUUUAAUGCCUUCGGGUUUUACAUGGCUUUAGA